AUGAAACUCGAUGAUUUUAAAAUUUGCAUACAUAAUUUAUUUUUAGGACCUAAAACCAAUGCAUGUUAUAUUUUACAAUUUAAUCUAUUUUAUGACUAUGUAUGUAAUUGUAAUUAGAAAAAAUUUAGUUUACUCUUCUAUUAAAUUUUAAUGAAUUCAAAUUCCUAAAGAGUAUCUGAAAGUGAGAUUCAAGGCCUUGCAACUGAUGUUAGAGAAUUAAGCUAAUAGAAUGAAGAAAAUGACUUUGUUGAACUGUUAAAUUUAUUACAAUAAUUCCUUAAAAAUUAAUAAUCUCUGGCAAUUUCCAGUUUUUUAACUAAAUAUAUUAGCUUUUUUAGUCAGGAUAUAUUGAAGUAACUAAAGGGAUUUACAAAUCAAGAUAUGCUAUGGAAGGGAUAUAUAGUUUUAUUCUAAUAAGAAAUCAUUGAACUUAUAGAAAAUUAAUUUAUUAAAAAUAAUAUCCCCUCUUAAUUAGUUUCAAAUUAAAUAUUUCAGUAGUAUGAGUAAUAGAUCUAAAAUAUUUAAGUUUUUAACUAAUCAUAACCAAUGCCUAGGUUUUCAAAUAUAACCCAAAAAUAUUCUGAUAUAAUUUAAUAAUAUAGGAUUGAUUAAUAUUGCGACGAUGUUGAAAUCAUUAACUGUCCAUUGUUAACCUUUAGACAAGAGGUCUAUAAAUUUUUGAAAGAAUUUAAUACCUUCUAAGAUUAUAAAAACACUUGUAAUUAAUAAAAGAUAUAACCAAUUUUUAAUGAAAUAAAUUAUAGCAAUAUUAUUUAUUACGAAGAAAUGUUAAAAAAUGGCUAGAGAGAAUGA